AUGGUACAGGGUGGAAACAAAUUCGGUACCAAGUUUCUGUUGGACUGCGGUGUCACAACCAUCUACGUAUCGCGUGGAUUUGUCAAGCGGAAUGCAUUGAAGACUCACCUUUACACUAAUCGGGCUAUCAAGGUGAAGAUCGGUGACAACAAGAUUAGCGAGGCUAUCCUCGAGUUAGUGAAGAUUGAGAUCGACUCCAAGGUGCACCGAGUUAUCAGUGUGUGA